AUGUCUCCUGAGCACUGCAAUAUGGAGUUGGUCAAUAGGACAGAGAUCUUUGAGUUCUUUCUGAAAGGAUUUUCUGGCUACCCAGCCCUGGAGCACCUGCUCUUCCCUCUGUGCUCAGCCAUGUACCUGGUGACCCUGCUGGGGAACACAGCCAUCGUGGCAGUGAGUGUCCUCGAUGUCCACCUACACACGCCCAUGUACUUCUUCCUGGGCAACCUCUCCAUCCUGGACAUCUGCUACACAUCUACCUUUGUGCCUCUGAUGCUGGUCCACCUCCUGUCAGCCCAGAAGACCAUCUCUUUUGUUGGCUGUGCAAUCCAGAUGUGUCUGAGCCUAGCCACAGGCUCCACAGAGUGUCUACUUCUUGCCAUCAUGGCCUACGAUCGCUACCUGGCCAUUUGCCGGCCACUCAGGUAUCCCGUGCUCAUGAGCCACCGGCUCUGCUUGUUGCUGGCAGGAGCCGCCUGGGGACUCUGUCUUGUCAAGUCAAUGACUGAGACUGUCAUUGCCAUGAGGUUGCCUUUCUGUGGCCACCGCAUGGUUAGUCACUUCACCUGUGAGAUCCUGGCAGUGCUGAAGCUGGCAUGCAGUGACACAUCAGUCAGUGAAGUCUUCCUGCUGGUGGGUGCCAUUCUGCUGCUGCCUAUACCCCUGGCAUUCAUCUGCCUGUCCUACACACUUAUCCUGGCCACCAUCCUGAGAGUGCCCUCAGCAGCUGGGCGUCGCAAAGCCUUCUCCACCUGCUCAGCACACCUGGCUGUGGUGAUGCUGUUCUACGGCAUCGUCAUAUUCAUGUACAUGAAACCCAAGAGCAAGGAGGCCCACAUCUCUGAUGAGGUCUUCACAGUCCUCUAUGCUGUUGUCACACCUAUGCUGAACCCUGUCAUCUACAGCUUGAGGAACAAGGAGGUAAAGGAGGCUGCCAGGAAAGUAUGGUGUAGGAGUUGGACGUCCAAGUGA